CUAACAUUCAGCUAAUGUCCGAAUUUUCCUUCAAUUGUCUGUCUCCCUUCUCGAUCAUCUCCCUAUUUUCCCUCCAAAGCUGAGCUAGGGUUUGUUCUCAAUUGGAUCCACAUACCUCCAAUUCUAUUAAUCCCUCGAUUAUCCUAUCUCUAAUCGCAAAAUUAUUAAUUCCAAAGUCAGAGAGAGCCAAAUGGAAGUGGCCCCAAGCUCAGCCUCCUCCGCCGUGGUGGGCGGAGGAGGCGGAGGACCGGCACCGUUCUUAUUGAAGACGUACGAUAUGGUGGAUGACUCGUCGACGGAUGAGAUCGUGUCGUGGAGCUCGAACAAGAGCAGCUUCGUGGUAUGGAAUCCUCCAGAAUUCGCUCGACUCCUCCUUCCUACUUACUUCAAGCACAACAAUUUCUCCAGCUUCAUCAGGCAAUUAAAUACAUAUGGAUUCAGAAAGAUUGAUCCUGAGAGGUGGGAAUUUGCCAAUGAAGACUUUGUGAAAGAUCAAAAGCAUCUUCUCAAAAAUAUCCAUCGAAGGAAACCAAUUCACAGUCAUAGUCACCCUCAGGGUUCUUCGGGGGAUCCUGAAAGGGCAGCACUUGAGGAAGAAAUAGAUAGGCUUGCACGAGACAAGGCCUCACUUGAGGCAAGUGUUGCAGGAAGCAAGCAGCAGCGGUCAGUUGAAAAGCUUCAGUUGGAAGAUCUGACUCAGCGGAUGGAUAGUAUGGAGCAGAGGCAGGAAAAAUUGUUGAUUUGCUUAAAGAAGGCAGUUCAGAACCCUGCCUUUAUUGAACAUCUUGCUCGAAAAAUAGAUUCCAUGGAUUUUUCUGCAUAUAAUAAGAAAAGACGACUGCCUCAAGUUGAUCACUCAAAGUUGAUUGCAGAAAAUAGUUUUGUGGACAAUCACAGCUGUUCUAGACCCGAGUUUGGGAAUGUUAUCAAUCAAGACUUCUCAAAUAAGCUGAGACUGGAAUUGUCACCAGCUGUAUCAGAUAUUAAUUUGGUCUCAAAUAGCACACAGAGUUCCAUUGAAGAUGGGGGAAGUCCACAGAGGAAAAUAUCUGAAGGAGACCUAAAAGAUGCACCACCUAGAACAUCUUGUCUACUAUUUGCGGCUGAAACACUUGAACUUGCAGAUACUGGGACAUCUUAUGCAUAUAAGGUGGAUCCAUCUUUCCCCAAAAAAGUGACUGUAAAUGAAACCCCAGGACUGCAUUUGCUGCAGCAGAAUUUGACUUCUAAUGAAGAAGUUGAUGGCCAUAUUUCCUUCCAUCUAAAUCUAACUCUGGCAUCUUCUCCACUUCAAGUCAAUAGGAAUCCCUAUCCAUCUAGGAUGCCUCAACUACGUCAGGAAAUGUGCAAACCUUCAGAGUCACAGUUUAAUGACAAUGGUAAAGAAUCUGAUAUGAUGGUUAUCUCAGAGGACAUGAAUGCAGGUGAUGGAGAUACAACUUUAUCCUCAUCGAAGGAAGCCCCAAAUAGCAAUCAAGGGCCUUCUGCUGCUCCAGCUCGAGUAAAUGAUGUAUUUUGGGAACAGUUCCUAACUGAAAGACCAGGCUCUUCUGAAUACGAAGAGGCAAAUUCUAAUUAUAGGGCAAAUCCAUAUGAUGAGCAGGAAGACAGAAGGUCUAGCCAUGGAGUGGUGAGAAAUGUUAAAAAUAUGGAGCAUCUCUCUCUUUGAGCACUAUUAUUGUUGUAAAGGCCAGUGACAGGUUUGUAAAGUUUUCUUCAAGAGCUUUCAAUGAUUUGGAUGUUCACUAUAUGUGAUAAAGAUAUAUGGUAUAACUAGAUGUAAACCAUCCGUUUAAUUUAAAUGAGAUAGUGUUGAAAUGCUACUGUUCCUGGUGGUUGUUAUUAUUGUUUAUAUCAGACCCAAGUGCCAAUGUUCUACAAUUAUUACAUUUAUAUUAGUGUGGAUAUGACAUAGAUUUUCAUUGA